AGCACUUAUCCCUGCCCACUUGUGAUGAUGAAUCACAGUUACAGCUGUGUCUGUGAAUUAACUGAUCUUGGAGAAUACGACGAAUAUCUCAUAGAACUUUGUGAUGAAUCUGGCUGCGAUGUUGUAGAACAAGAAUUUAAACCAUCAGAGAACAUUCAGCUGACACCCCCACAAGUUGAGGUCCAAGAAACACCUUUCAACAUCAGUUGGAAAAGUGGGUACAAAAACCAUAUUGCCCUUAGAGAACACAUUAAAUAUGAACUCCUACUUCAAACAUCGCAAGGCGACGAGAGCAAACUUCUUCAUUUUGAUCAACCUGACACUACCUACCUAACAGUGAAAAGAUCAAUACUUAAACCAGGUGCUAUUUAUUGUGUUAAAAUGAGAUCUAAACCUGGAAUUAACUAUCAAUUGUCAAUUUGGAGUGAAUGGAGUCAACCAAAAUGCGUGAAAAACGGAGCAGAGAAAGAACAAGAUAAUGAAUUAGUCAUUUUGAUGAAAUAUCUGGGCCCAGUGUGUGUGGCUUUUGGAGUCCUGCUGUUUCUAUUCUUCAGUCCCGCUGCAAGAAUGAAGAUUAAAACUCUAUCCCAGACGCCAUCGCCAGCGCCGUUCUUCCGACCUCUUUUUCAACAACACGAAGGAAAUCUCCAGGAAUGGCUCACACCUAAAAGCCAAUUCGUGCUAACAUACAAACCCGAAGAGAUAUUGAUAACCGAUACUGUGAUCGUCAUGCCAAAACCCGUUGCAAAGGGACCAGAGGAGAACCAGGACCUGCACAAUCCUUCAGUAACACAUCUGACAUUCACUCAGUGUCAGACCUCUUACGUUGGUUUACCUGGGAUACAUGACGUGUCCCCACCUUUAACCAUGAUCUGUGCUGCGGAGACAUCUUACACUCAGCUCCCUUGCACUGUCUGGGUUGUUGGUUCUGAAGAAGCAGAAGUUGUCCCGUCUCCACCUAAAGAUCUCCUCAACAUCAGCCAUGCAGACUCUGGCUGCAGCUGUGAGGAGCUGAGCCAAAGCUUGGAGUGCAGUGAACCAAGCAGUCCUGUCGUUGACAGUCCACCACCGUGUUACUGCACUGAUUACUGCAUUCUGAACAAAACAGCAGAAGGGUUUGCUCCUGUUUUAGUGUCCAAAGGAAGCAGCCUGAAUGUCCCCUCUGAUUCCCCGCAAGAGGGUAAGAGCUAAAAAUAAGAAGUUUUUAAGAACUUUUAACCGGUUCAAAAAAGAGACACCACAUCACCCCAAUCCUGGCACACUUACACUGGUUGCCAGUGAAAUUUAGAGUUAAUUUUAAGAUUCUAUUAUUUGUUCACAAAGCCCUAAAUGGUUUAGCUCCCCAAUAUAUUUCUGAUCUCUUAGUUCACUACCCUGCCCCCAGAUCUCUCAGGUCAUCAUCACAUCGGCUCCUCUCAGACCCCAAUUCGCGCCUAAAAACUAAAGUGACCGUGCCUUUUCUGUAGCUGCCUCCAAGCUCUGGAAUA